AUGAUGUUUUCCGUCGUGGAGUCCAUCAUAAACCGUGCAAGCGCAGAAGGUCCAAUGAUAGAAGAGUCACCGAGCACCACCCCCUCGACCCGCAUGAAAGAAUUCGAGAACGGCUCGGACGGCAGCAGUCCUGGUGCGAAGAUAAUUUCUGGCACGGAGUCCAGCAUAAAUCGUGCAGGCGCAGAAGGUUUGAUGAAUAGAGAGUCACCGAGCACUACCCCAUCCAGCGCUGUCAAAGAAUCAGAGAACGGCUUGGACAACCGCGGCCCACGAGCUGCUGAGAAAGAGCUCCACCUUCCCUUGACGGAAGUUGCAGGCUCGCUGCGGAAUUCCGGCGCUGAGCCCAACACAAAUUAUGCGGAUCCAUCAGGAACAGAGCAGACCCUUCAGGACGAUGUCUCCUGGCUUCUGAACCUCACGGAAAUAGGUGAGGAAUGGAUCUAUGUACUGAUGGAUUGCGUUAUUGCUUUGUGCAGCAUUAUCCCUCCGUUGUCUUUUCCGGCCUCUUACUACCUUUUUCUGAAUUAUGGCAAAGACUGGAUCUGUUUCAGAAUGGAACGAGAGAGGGAGGAGGAGCAUUGGGUACCGAGACCAGUGGCCUUCUUUGUUCGUGUCGCGGCUGAAGUCACACUGUGGCUAUGGCUACUGCAGAUCCAGUACAGGGCAAUUUCAGAUGCCAUUCGUUUCUGUGACCUCCUGGGAGUGCGGAACAUCCAUGACUUUCUCGAUGUUGUAAGCCUGAAAGAGAAGACGUGGGAUGUGGACUUGAUACAGAGCAUCAUACGCUACACACAGGUGAACUUUAUGCGUUCCAGCCUCUGUGUUGCCAGUGUUUUCUGCUGGCGCUCUUUCGAAGUGCGAUCCGACCGCGUUCGCAGAUCGGUGAAGAUGUGGCUAGAGCAGACUCGAGAAGGGUUGGAAGGAACAUCUCGCGACACUCUCGAAGUUAUCCAAGAGCUUGAGGCAGUGAAGGCACUGAAGCCCUAUUUCGAAGAAUCGGUAGACCCCAACCAUGCCGAUUUUGUGCGUAAGGAAUGCUGGUCCAACGGACAUCUGCUUAAAACUUUGGUGUCGUCGGUACUCAUGCUAGUUGGACUGUUUCUUCUGGCUUUGGACCUGGAAUUCCCGGCUCGCAACAGGCUUUUCGGGGACUUCGACCAGGCUGCUGAAGAUUGGUGGACUGUGAACAUAUUUGUCGCAAGUAUCCUUACUGCACAUUCUUGGGUUCGUCUCCUUUUUGCAAUAUUCGAUGGACUAGACAGAUUUCGUGACAGCAUUGUGCGAGUCCUCGUCGUCGCCUGCCUCCACAAGCUUUCGCCGGCCCGCUGGCUCGAGUCAUCCCGUGGUGUGGAAUCCUUCACUCCUGGGAACAGACGUCGGGCCAAAGAACUGGUCGAGGCGUUGGAAGGUGAUCAGUGCCAGAAAAGACGAAGUCGCAAAAGAUGGCGAUGGUGUUUGGGCCAGAACCUGGAGGAGCCAGUUUCAAGGCUUUGCGACGUGCCUGCGCUUCAGAAGCUCACUCGUGGCUUCGCGACUGUCCCGGACCUGCAGGUCUGGUGGGGACUGCGGGAAUAUCUCCGCAUAAACAUGGCUUACGUUACCGCUCGCAUGGAGUUUGUGGGAGUCAUGACUUGCGUGGUUGGUUGCGUUUUCUUUGUGUAUGCACUUCUGGAUUUGCUACUGGGUUACAACGUCAUUUCUAUCGGUUUGGCGUUGAUUUACUCGUCGGCUUUGCCAUUUUUGUGGCUCAUGAUGAAGAUCCUGCAGUAUGGCAUGGACAUCAACUCGAUGCUGAGUCGGGAUGCAAAGAUUUUGGCAGAAGCCGCCACUUGGGCGGCAUGCUUCCCGCGCAAAAUGCGUCCGACGAGGUGCCAGAUGGUCAAGAAAUCCUGCAUGUGA